AUGAGUCAAGCUGAGGAAAGCAGUAGCUACUCAACAUGGAAUAUUGUGAGGUCAGUAGUCUGCAUAAUACUGAGCUUGUCAUUUAUUAUUGGGAUCCCUGGAAAUUGCAUUGUCAUCUGGACUGUUUGUACAAAAAUGAAGCAGGUAUCUCCUUCAGUCCUGCUGAUCUUGAACCUGGCUAUUGCAGAUGUGCUUGUACUGAUUACUUUACCAAUCUGGAUUUACUCCUUUGCUGACUCAUGGAUUUUUGGAGUCAUCUUCUGCAAGAUACUGGUUUUUGUUAUUUACUGCAGCAUGUACGCCAGUAUAUUUCUAGUUACAGCACUGAGUUUGGAACGGUUAAUGGCUGUGUUUUACCCUUUCACAAUUCAAAGAUGCAAAACAAAAGAGAAGAUUUCUCUGAUCAUGUUCCUCAUUUGGUUCCUGUCUAUUGCUUUUGGCAUUUCUGUCAUUCCAUUUCAAGAGACAGAAGAAACGGACGGUGGACUGCAAUGCACAUGUCGCAACUACUCUUCAGAUAGACAGAAAACGUCAUACCUUUUGCUGGAGACUCUUGCAGGUUUUGUAAUCCCUUUUUUAAUUAUUUGCACUUGCUACAUAUGUGUUGCAAGAAGAAUAAGUGGAAUGACUUACCAAUCUAAGCGGCGAUCGGAACGGCUCAUUGCCAGCGUUGUGGUGGCAUUCAUUUUAUGCUGGUUCCCACAUCAUCUCUUUAACUUCCUAGAUAUUAUUUCAGUUGGUCCUGAGAUUGUAGACCGAGGAGCGUACAUCUCCGGAGCACUUGUAUUCAUCAGUAGCUGUAUUAACCCUCUACUUUAUGCUUUUGCUGCACGAAGAUUUCAGAAUCACCUGAGAUUUGCCAAGAUAUCAAAGCUGUUUGAACAGAUGAGUCAGACUGUAACAGAGGAAGACAAGAGAAGAAGUUUGGCUGCAGCCAGACAAGAUGAUACAGUAGUAAGCACAGAAAAUCUGUAA